AUGUUUCCAAUCCAGGACUUUAAACUGACUUAUAAACUUCUCAACAAAGAGAAAACCUUUUCUGAAGGAGACAUUGUUGCAGGCACUGUCACUUUCACCCUGACUAGAGAAACCAAAGUGAAGAGUCUUCUGGUGAAAGUCAAAGGGGAUGCGAAUGUCCACUGGACAGAGGGAAGUGGAAUUCGUGAGACAGAUUACGAGGCACACAGGAGAUACUUAAAAGUCAAAGAAUACCUCCUGGCAGAAAAACCUGAGGGCACUGUACUUCCUCAUGGCGCCCAUCGCUACAAUUUCAGCCUAAAAAUCCCACAGGGGGACAUGGCGUCAUCUUUUAAGGGGAAGCAUGGAAAGAUCACCUACAAGCUUGAAGCGAAGAUGUCCCGGAGCUGGCAUUUGCCCUCUAGAUUAAGUGAAAAGCUCAAUUUUGUGUCAAAGUCUCUGUCACACCGUGGUCAAGUAAGGCGUUGCCAGACUCGCUCAAUAGAUGAAAAGGUUGGAGUUUUCUCAGAAGGACAGGUCAAAAUGUCUGCCACUGUUGACAGAAAGGUUUGCUCUCCAGGAGACACUUUAUCUAUUGUAGCCAAAAUCCACAACUCCUCCUCCCAAAAAAUGCAGCCUAAAUUCAGCUUACAUCAGAAAAUAGUGUACCAUGCUGAGGGCCUCACUAAAAGCACUGACUAUUGUCUGUGCACUAUGACUGGGGCCACUCUCACAGCGAACUCAGAGAAAACUGUCUCCUGUCACAUGAAGAUUCCUGUUGAUGCCAUCCACUCUCUCCAUAACUGUGAUAUUAUCUCAGUUGACUAUUACCUCAAGGUGUAUUUGGACAUAAGUUUUGCCUUUGACCAAGAGAUGAGGUUUCCCCUGGUCAUUGUUCCUUCUCACUUUGCUACCCUUCCACCUGGUAAGGCUUUGGCUGCCCACCCGCCAGGGGCUGUUGGAGGGCCAAGCAAAAAUGACUUCCCUCCCCCUGCAGUGUCAAUGGGUCCCCACCAAGCUGGGGCUGUUGGAGGGUCAAGCAAAAGCAACUUGCCUCCCCCUGCAGUGUCAAUGGGUCCCCACCAAGCUGGGGCUGUUGGAGGGUCAAGCAAAAGUGACUUCCCUUCCCCUGCAGUGGCGAUGGGUCCCUAUCCAGCUGGGGCUCAAAGCUACAGCGACAUCCCUCCACCUGCCUUCCCUACUGGAUCUUAUGGUGCACCCACAGCUCCAGGUGCUUAUGGAUACCCAGCACCAGGUCCCACUCAGCCUGGCAACACAGCAAGUGGCUACAACAAUCAGUGGCCACAACAGGCCCCACCAUACAGUUUUCCAGCUACAGCUUUCCCACCACCUUCAGUGCAGCAUCAAGGUCCAACUCUGUUUCUCCCUGACCCUCCAGCCUAUUCGUCCCUUUACCCCUCUGUCCCUGACACUUUCGGGAGCAAUGGGUCAGAUAAAAGACCUGAUCAUCAAAAAGAACACCAAUAA